UGUCUUUUGUCGACCAGAUCGCUGGAUGCCAUGAGUGCCACCGAGCCCGCAUCUACUAACACAGACCCCCAAGCCGUAUCCGCAUUCCCAACUUCGAUCGCCACUUUUUCUUCGUUCCCACAACGUCCUCAUGAUUUUCCAGAACCGAGACGCCUUUUUCACACUCUCUAUCCAUGCUUUUACCCUUCACGCCACCCUGCUUUCUCUACAUCAUCUCCAGCUAUACCAGCUCGCGUAUAUAUAACUCCUAAUAAGCUCCAUCAGAAUAAUCGUCCCAAUCAAGAUGCUCGGGUUGAUCGGCCUCCUCUGUCUUCUUCAAGCAUCCUUAUAGAAGCCAUGUCUCUAAAUUUGGCUGGUCCUGGUGACGGUCAGCUUUGUACUGUUUGGUUGGAUAGCUUCCUUCAAGCCCAACAGCAGAUAAAGUAG